UGUCAUACCUCUGUUACUAUUUCGGAGUCGCAGCAAAUGGAAACUUGUAGAAAGUUCGCUCUGUAGUAGAUAUCCAAUCGUUUCUAUGGUAACCGCAGGAAUCUUAAAGAAUUCUCCAGAGUUUUCGGAGGACUCUAUAAAUAUGGGAACGUGAAGUCCUUCCACCAAGAAUUGGAUUUGAAAGCAAUUUCAAGUUCUUGAAUAAGCAAUUGUUCUAGCGAACUGAACGUUCCUUUGUUGCUCUGUCUUUUGCUUUUGGAUUCUUGAUACCGAAGAUGUCGCUGUUUCCACUGCUCUCUGCUAGUUUGUCAGAUCCAUGGGGCUAUCCAUCCCGAGCGUUCGACCGACCUCUCGGCAUGGGGCUUCUUGACAGUAUGGGCGAUCUUCUUUCUCCUACAGGACUACUGAUGCGACCGCUAUUAAACGCCGAUACUGCGCUGUCAGAUGUUAAAAACGAGCCUGACAAGUUCAAAGUGAUGUUGAAUGUCAGCCAAUUCAAGCCCAAUGAGAUCGACAUCAAGACAGUGGACAACAACAUCGUCAUCCAUGGCAAACAUGAAGAAAAAACUGAUGAACACGGGUUUAUAUCCAGAGAGUUUACUCGACGCUACAUGUUGCCAGAAGGUACAGAUCCUAAAACUGUCAAGUCUUCUCUCAGUGCCAAUGGAAUUUUGACAAUUGAAGCGCCCAAAAAGGCUGUUGAACCACCUCCAAGUAAUGAAAGAAUUGUACCUAUAACCAUGGAAACACCUGCAGCAGUUACUAACAAAUGAACUUGAGUUUAAAUCGGAUUUCAUGUGUUCAUUUCAUCCUAUUGCUAUUGAUGUAUAACAUUUGGAAUGCAUGAUGUAGAAAGUUUGCAAUAAUCAUAGUUCUAAUGUCUUCUCGAAUCACAUGUGUACCUGAAUUCAAUGUUACUUAUUAUUAUUUAUAAAUAUGUAAAAAAAAUUUCUAAGAAGAAAAUAAAGUUUGUAAGUAUUUA